CAGAGAAGAAUGGCUCCUGAAAAUGACUCUUUUGUGAAUGAAUUUAUUCUGAUGGGAUUGACAGACAAGCCUGAUAUCCAAAUACCACUGUUCUUCCUGUUUCUAGCAAUGUACAUGGUAACUGUGCUAGGAAAUUUGGGUUUGAUAGCUCUCAUUGGGCUGACUUCACAUCUUCACACUCCCAUGUACUUUUUUCUCUUCAACUUGUCCUUCAUUGAUCUCUGGUAUUCUUCUGUGUUCACACCCAAAAUGUUGAUGAACUUCAUGUCAAAAAGGAACGUUAUCUCUUACAGAGGGUGUAUGGCCCAGCUGUACUUUUUCAGUUUCUUCAUCAUUGCUGAAUGUUAUACGUUGACCUCGAUGGCCUACGAUCGCUAUGUGGCCAUCUGUAGUCCACUUCUGUAUAACACUGUUAUGUCGCCUAAAGUGUGUUGCAGCCUAAUGCUUGGCUCAUACCUGAUGGCAUUUGCUGGUGCUCUGGCCCACACAGGAUGCAUGCUAAGAGUGACUUUCUGUGACGCAAACACCAUCAACCACUAUUUCUGUGACAUUUUCCCUUUGCUUGAGCUCUCAUGCUCCAGCACCUAUGUCAUUGAACUAGAGGUUUACAUUGUGGUGGGGAUCAACAUCAUUGUGCCCAGCACAACCAUCUUCAUCUCUUAUGGCUUCAUCCUCUCUAAUAUCCUUCAACUAAGGUCCACUGAGGGCAGGUCCAAAGCCUUUAGCACCUGCAGCUCCCACAUAAUUGCAGUUUCUCUGUUCUUUGGAUCAGGUGCUUUUAUGUAUCUCAAACCAUCCUCUGCGGUGUCUAUGGAUGAGGGAAAAAUCUCUUCUGUUUUCUAUACUAUUGUUGUUCCUAUGAUGAACCCCUUAAUUUACAGUUUAAGGAACAAAGAUGUUAAAGUUGCCCUGAGAAAAUGUUUGAGCAAGAGAAAAUUUUGA